AUGCAUAGUCGUUUGAGCGCAAAUGGCAACACUAUUGUCAGCCUUUCCUGCCUUGUUGUUCAGGGUGACUCAGGGUUUCUGUUGGCAAGGGGCGGAUCUGUGCAAAUGAGGUCAAAGCCCAUGCAGCACUAUUUUGACUGCCCAAGGCAAUUUGGUGCCUGCCCUGAGUACGUUGGAGCCACGGACAACGCAGAUGAUGCUGAUGAGUACAAAUGGGAAGCCCAGCCUGGUGAUGUCAUCAUAAUGGGGACGGAUGGGCUGUGGGAUAACUGCUUUGGCGAGGAGUUGCUGAAGCUGCUCCCGCAGUGCCCUGAAGAUGCUCAGAAGGCAGCAGAUCAGAUUGCAGCUUUGGCACAGCGACACUCCAUGGACCCAACAUAUGAAUCGCCGUUUGUGGUAGAGGCUCGGGAUCAGGGGAUGGACUUGCAAUGGUGGGAAAAACUCCUGCAAACCCGCGUACAGGAUGGUCGUAUUGAAUGCGGUCGGCUAUUGGGCGGCAAGCUAGAUGACAUCACAGUCGUGGCUGCCUACGUGAUGGAGGCCAAGCGAUGA